GACGGAAAUCUCGGUUUAAAUAUUUUUAGCUGUACUAAUGAAAACGUACUUGGGUUAUGUUUCAAUGUGAUUCAGUUUUCAAAACCUUAGCUAUUGAAUUUCUGGAAUUCGUCUGAUAAUCAUCUCGUGCCAUAAAAAAGCUAAGCUGAAUGUGCCAUAUCGAUGACAACGAGCACAUGGUAAGCAACGGAACCAUGGAAAUUGUGCACACUUAUCCUUUCCUGAAAUCAUUUCUGGCUGGUUCAGUGAGUGGCACCUGCUCUACACUACUUUUUCAGCCUCUAGAUUUGAUUAAAACAAGGUUGCAGAAUGGUUCAAAAAAUAGUACUCCAAGGAAUGGAAUGAUCACACUUUUCAUGCAUGUUGUGAGGAACGAAAAAGUUGCAGGCUUAUGGCGUGGGACUGUACCAUCUAUGUUAAGAUGUGUUCCUGGAGUCGGAAUGUAUUUCAGUUUUCUUCACUGGUUGAAAACUAAUUUUGGUUCUGAAGAUCCUUCUGCAUUUGAGUGCCUUUGUUUUGGUGCACUAGCUCGAUCUUUCGCUGGUGCUACAUUAUUGCCUGUAACAGUCAUCAAAACUAGAUAUGAGAGUGGUCUCUAUGCAUACAACAGCUUAUCUGAAGCACUAUGUAAAAUAUAUAAAACUGAAGGUCGAAGAGGGUUAUUCUCUGGAUUAGCACCUACGAUCAUUAGAGAUGCACCCUUCUCUGGCAUUUAUUUGAUGUUUUAUACACAAGCAAAGAAAAAUGUCCCUUCUGCUGUACGUGAUCAUGUCUCAGCAGCACCAAUCAAUUUUACGUGUGGACUGUUUGCUGGAAUUUUAGCAUCAGGAAUUACUCAACCUGCUGAUGUUAUAAAAACAAAGAUGCAAUUAUAUCCUCGCAUGUAUUCAACUGUACCUGAAGCAAUCAGAAUAGUUUUCACGGAUAAUGGUGUACAAGGAUUUUUUCGGGGCAUCGUGCCACGUGUUGUAAGGCGAACAUUAAUGACUGCAAUGGCUAUGGACAGUUUAUGAACAGGUUAUAAGUUCCAUGGGUCUUCAUUGAAGAACUGUUUUAUAGCAACCAAUCAAAGCCAGCUGUGAUCCUGGGUGGACUUUUUUCUAUAACUAUACUCAUCUUGUAUACGUUAAGAGGAAAGCACUCUCUAAGACUAUAAUUUUUGCCUUUAGAUUACUUUAUAGAAAGAUGCAAAAAUUUGUUUUUAAGAUCUUUGCUCAUUAUUCAUGUAUAUAUCUGUAUAUUUUGGAUGCAUAUGAUGGAAGACAAGCUGUAUAUUUUUCAUGUACAAAAUGUCAUCAGUCAUUUCCACUUGUUUUUAAAUGCAGAAUUUUAACUCAAUGUAAGCAUUAUUGCCUGAUUAAAGUUGAAAGCAUUUUAUUUUUAAUUAAAUGAAAUUUGGGUCUUUUUAUACACCUUAUAAAUAGGAUUAGUGUUAUACAGUUUUUAUUUCCCAUUAUUUUAUACAGUUCUGAUCACACAGUUUGAAAGUAUCACACAUCCUACCUUAAGUCCUUUAUCAAGACUAUUAUUCAUACACAUACUUCUGCUACAAAAGCUCAUAACAUUAUAUUAAUCAGAAAUCAAUUUAUAUAGCAAAAAUACUAUUUCAACUCUACUUCAUAUUGAUGCAAAAAUACAAUUUUUGAGAAAAAAAAUUUAUUUAACACAGUUUAAUAAGAAGCAAGCAAAUUAUGAAAAUUUCUCGACAAUUGAUUUCAUACAAUGUAACACAAACAAUAUUCAAAAUUUUCUAAACCCAUGACCAUUUCUAUCUAACAAUAAACAUACUUGCAACUAUUACCUUAAAAUUGAAAAUAGUACAAAUAUCCUCGAGGCAAAGCGGUGCACAUUCUACAGUUAAUGCACAAUCUGUAUUUAAAAAAAAAAAAAAACAGAAA